AUGGCUUUACAACCAAAUGAAAUUGGAGAAAUUGUUCAAGGUUUCGACAACCCAGCCGGUUUACAAAGCAAUGGUUUGCAUAUCCAAGGGCAAAAGUUUAUGUUGCUGAGAGCAGAUGAUAGAAGUAUCUAUGGUAGACAUGAUGCCGAAGGUGUUAUUUGUGUAAGAACAAAGCAAACCGUUUUAAUCGCACAUUAUCCACCAACUGUACAAGCCGGUGAAGCCACUAAGAUCGUUGAACAAUUGGCUGAUUACUUGAUCGGUGUUCAAUACUGA